UGGAUACCCAGAACAAAGAAGAAGGAGAUAGUCUUGGGAUUUAAUCAAAAAUCUGUCAAGAAGAACUGAUUUGCCAUGGCUCAUGAUGGGCGAUUUUAACGACAUCCUUCAUGCUAACGAACGCAAGGGACGAUUACCACAACCAGUAUGGCAUUUGAAUGGGUUCAGGGAUGCAAUUUCUAUUUUGGGGUAGCGGGUUGAGCAAUGUACCAUUUGAAGGUUAUCAAUGGACAUGGGAAAGAGGAAGAGGGACUGAUUGGUGGAUUGAAGAGAAGCUUGACAGAAUUGUUGCUAAUGGGGGCUGGCUGAAUUUGUUAAAGAGGUUCAUGGAAGGUCCUUCAAGUGACCAUCUGAUGUUGCUCAUCCGGUUUGAUUACUCUAGCAGGCAGGUAUUUAAGCGAGCUAUUAAAUUUGAAAAUAUUUGGUUAAAGGAGGAUGAUUUUCGCUCAGUGGUUCAUCGAAGCUAGAGUGGGUGCCGGGAAAAGAACAUAUGGCAAAGAAUUAAGGUGAGUUGGAAGCUUGGAGCAGGAGAAGAAAAAUUGGGUGGAGUGAUAGGAGGAGGCUGGCAUAUCUGCGAGGGUGGAGUGAUAGGAUGAGUCUGGCAGAAUUCCAAAGGGUGAAAUCAGUACUUUUGGACCUCUUACAUCAACAGAACUUAUUUUGGAAACAAUGGGCAAAAGAGUCCUGGUUGAAGGACGGGGAUGUUAAUACUAAGUUUUUCCAUAAUUCAGUUAAACAACGCAGGAGGAAAAACAAAAUGAAGGGACUUACUACAGAUAUAAUCCUGCUACGCUAGGAGAUUGGUGACCUAUAGCUUUGUGUACAGUAAUUUACAAAAUUUUUGCUAAACUCAUGGCUAACCGAUUGAAGGGGUGUUUAAAAUUUAUUGUCUCUAAUAAUCAAAGUGCUUUUAUUCCGGGGAGAUCCAUUGUGGAUAAUAUAAUGAUUGCUUUUGAAACUCAUCAUUACUUGAAACGCAAAACUAAGGGAAAAGAAGGUUUCGUAGCCCUUAAAUUGGAUAUGAGUAAAGUGUAUAAUAGAGUUGAGUGAGCUUUAAUUUUCUCCUAAAUGUGAUGAAAGAGAUGAAUUUUAAUCCCCGUUGGAUUAACCUAAUUAUGGAGUGUGUCCAAACGGUUGAGUAUUGCAUUCCUUUUGAGGAUAUUGUGAUUGCGCCGAUUAUUCCACGUCGGGGUUUGAGGCAGGGAAAAAAACUUGGCGCUUAACUACUGACCCAAAUUCUUUGGUAGGGAAGGUGUUUAAGGCAAGGUACUAUCCGAAUUCAACCUUUUUGGAGGCUGGGUUGGGGACCAAUCCUUCAUUUGUCUGGAGGAGUAUAUGGGAAUCUCAAGAUGUGCUUCGUACUGGGGUCCGAAGAAGAGUUGGAACCGGAACGGAGAUAUCAGUUUUGCAUGAUCGGUGGCUUCCGGGAGAGCAUGGUGGUUUUGUCUCGUCACCAAAACCGGUGGGGAUUUUUUUUAUAUGAAUGUUGCGGCUCUCAUUAAAGAGGAUAGGUCGGGCUGGAAUCUGGAACGAGUACGCCAUAUCUUUAAUGAACAGGAUAGGCAAGCCAUCUAUUGGUCACAGAGAGGUGCGAGAUGGCUACUGGUGGAUUGGGGAUACUCGAGGGGUAUAUACGGUUAUAUCUUCCUAUAGGAGGAUUGUUGGAGAGGUUCCAGAAGGGGGUGGCUGGACUGGACGCGGAUGUGGGGAUUUUUUAUUCAACCAAAAGUAAAGCAUUUUUUCUGACAGAUUAUGACAGGUACUCUACCAACGGCGGACAAGCUGUGGGAGAGGAGGGUGGAUAUUUCGGGAGCUUGCAGGCUGUGCAAGGAAGCUGAAGAGACAUCAAUUCAUUUAUUUAAUGAAUGCAGAGUUGUCAUUGAGGUGUGGCAAAAGGCUGGGAAACCAGUCCAAAGGCAUGAUACUUCUGUGGAGGAGUGGGUCAAGACGAUUUUUAGCUCUCAAACAGAGGAUGAUAUUUGUAAAUUUUUAACUAUGUUAUGGAGCAUCUGGAAAGCGAGGAACGAACUGAUCUGGAAGAAUAAACAUUUUAAGGCAGAUCAUGUGGGGAUAAUUGGUCUCCAGGGGUGGCGAGCAGUGCGGACCGAGACAAAUAAAGUGGUUGGUGUUAAUGAGGGUGGUAGCAGAUGGUCUAAACCAGAGCAUAAUGUUAUCAAGAUUAAUGUCGACGCCGCUACAGAUGCACGAAGAGGAAGAAGGGCAUGGGGAUGAGGAAGGCAACUUUAUCAAAGGAAGAUCAGACUCUUGUGUGGUGGCCUGGUCAACACGCACGACAGAGGCCAUAGGGGUAAGGGAGGCAAUUAUUUGGGCUAAGGAGCAAGGUUGGAGACAUAUCAUAUUUGAGACUGAUGCAUUGUUAGUUACAUCCAGACUAGCAGAGGACACAGGUAGUUCGUAUUUUGACUUGAUCAUCCAAGACAUAAGACAUCUUCUUCUUUCUGAAGCUGGCUAUACUGUCAAAUUUUGCAAACGAUCCGCGAAUCGUGUAGCUCCUAGAGUUGCACUUUCAGAAGCGGGUGGUAGUUCUUUUGAGGUUAUCCCCGAUUGUAUUUCUAGCCUUUUGGCGAACGAUUGCUUAGAUUAAUUUAAAUUGGCAGUUUCCAUUCAAAAAAAAUGUAAACAUGCAUAAGUUGGAGUAGGGCUUUUGUGCAGUUCUGUAGGAGCAAAUUCGCCGCAUUAGCCCCAU